ACAAAUCACAACGAAGUCAGACAAGCAGCAAGUGAAGACAAAGGCAUAUAAGAUUAAUAUACUAUUUCAAGAGUUAUGAACAAGGAGUGAGGGUCAAUGCGCUUCGGCUUGUAGACUUUGACUUUGCGGGGAAGUGGAGUGUGCAUUGCCCCACCAAGACCUGAACUUUCGAGGACGACCCCUUCGCUCUCAAGGUCGGACUUGCAUAUUUACAUACGUCAGCCCGGUCCUUCCACUGUACGGCAAUCUGCAAUUGCGACCCUCGAUCUUGAUUCUAUAAGGUUCAAUCGUUCUCGCCCGUUGAGAUCCAGGUAUUCGGGUAUACUAUAACAUUUAAGAUCGCCGAUAACACAACUACUACACCAUCUCACAUUCUUUGUGCUCCGUUAGACCAAUAUCGGAGCUCACUCCUAUUUCGGCUUCAUACACCUACCCAACUCAGAUACACCCCAUUUCUAAACGAAUCUCACAUCACACAAUAAUCAAAUCAACAUGGCCACCCAAGCAAUGUCAGACCUAUCCCUCAACCCCCCAAAACCCAAAUCCAAAUCCAAGAAACCAGCAGCCCCAGUAGCCGACUCCUGGGAAGACGAAGACGUCUCCGACCCAGAACCAGAAGAGUCAAUCACCCAAUCCCUAGCAAAAAGCAACAGCAAAGUAAACGACUCCGGAUUCGCUGCACCCCCACCAACGCCCGCCUCACCAUCCUACAGCGGGACAGGAGUACCUCCAUGGCAAUCCACAUCCACCCCCCUCUCCCCCUCCGGUCUCUCGCCCCCAGCCUCGCCCGCCAGCGGCGGCAGCAUAAGCGACGGUGGUCCCGGAGAGCGGAGGAGGCCGGAGAAAACGGACGCGGUGGCGCGGCGGAUGAUCGCGAGCGCGCUGGGGGUGCGAGCGCCGCGGCCGACGGAGGAGCAGAGGGCGUACGAUCGUGCGGUUAGGGAGAAGGAGAGGAAGAGGCGCGAGGAGGAGCGCGAGGCGGAGAAGAGGCGGAAGGAGGAGGAGGAUAGGGCUAAGGCGGCGAUUUGGGAGGAUUAAUCGAUGGGAUUGGGAAUUUGGAAAGACGUGGUGCGGGUAGCUGUUAUAGUGGCUGCUUUGGGAUUUGAGGUACUAGGUAUGCCUACCUGAACAUGGGAGAGGAUGUUGGCAUUAAUAAAGCGACGACGUGCCUGAAUUGUAUGGAUUCAAAAUGGAGCUGGUGAGAGGGAUCGUAAUUCAGGGGCUCAGUGGAUAUGAUUUCUUACACGUACAUAUUUAUACCAAGGGCAAAAGCUCACGCGACUCUGGGACGGAAGACUGACUUAAACGGGAUAAUAGAUUUAAGAAAAUACAUAUACCUAUUUAUCUUUUUGA